UGUCAUGGCAGGCGGAGCCCAAAUCGGAGACAAAAGCAGAUUCAAAAUAGCAAGUAAAGAGACUCUGCCACUGCUUGAAUAGGUGUCAAACCCUACAGGCUUCGGACUCAGGCUCGGGAAACUUCUUUCUGUGUCCGAUCGCUCAGGGGGUGUAAAAUUUAACAGCUCGAAAUGUCUCCUCCUAAAGCCUCUCUCACUGGCAAAAACUAAUACAGCAUAAAGGAUUUUUUCGUGAACUAAAGUGGCUGAUCAUCACUAGUAAUUUUGAUUUUCCUUUUUGUGCCUUUUGAUUUGGGGCGUGAAUUUAGAUCUAUAUAAAGUGUUGGAAAAAGAGGAAGAAAAUGGGGACUAGGGUUCCGGUACAGCACUACAACUUAAGAUCGGCCAGUUCAUUUAUUGGGAGCUCUCUGCAUGAUCUCAACACCAUCGAUUCUCGUCCCACCGAUAUGGAAGGUAUCUCGGACGUUGAUCGCGAUGCUGUUGACGGAGAUAGCCUGGACAACGACGAAGAUUCCAGUGCUGUUGUUUAAACGGUUGACGGGUCGCAAUGAGGUGGCUAUCUUUGCUAGAGACUAUAAAUUCUAUUCACCACGACACAAGUACAGGCGUGUCACAUCAUCUAACAUUCCUGGUUUGCCUACAUUUCCUGGUUCAGAUAAUCCUUCAACAAUGACUAGUUCACAAGGAUUUCGCUCUGGGAGUGAGCCUCAAAAUCAGCAGCAAAAUAAACAUCACCUACCAUCUCUGUCGCAUCAGCCUCAGUUUCAUCCUAUUCACCAGAACCAUCAUCAACCAAUUCACCAGAGCCAACAUGCAGCUCAUUUCCACCAAAAUCAUCAAUGCGGACCACCUUCACACAUCCCUGAUAUUGCUCAUGCUCAUCAAUCACCGACCAUUUCUCAACAUAUGGCUUGCUUACAACCUCUGGCGGGAGGUCAUGUUGGAGGGCGAUUGCAUGUAAUGUUUUGGGACAAGGGGCCAACAAGCUUGCAUGCCAAUUUUCUUCCCAGUAAUAUUUGGAUACAUGGUUUUGAAACAAGAAGACACGUGUAGUGCCAACUAGUCCUGCGAAGUUCUGUGAUGAAUGCGGGGUGCCAUACCUAAGAGAAACCUCCAAAUUCUGCUCCGAAUGCGGUGUGAAGAGGUUAGGAAUAUGAUAUGUUUUCUCCAUCAUUUCCAAGUUCCAGUCAUCAUUCUUCUAUUGCGAACACUGGAGGUUUUCCGAGCUUUUUCCUCAUCCUUGGGAGUCAUGCAAAUAUAUUUAGCCAGCUGAGCAAGAUGGUUUCCGCACAAUAGCGUGAACCUCAAUCGUUUGUAACUUGUAAAGCAUCUGCUGGUGCUUAUUGAGAUGCUGUUGGUAGUGGGAAAUGGGUGUAUAUAAUAGGUAGGAUGUGAUGUACAGUAUAGGAUGAACAUGAAGUAGAAAAAUGAAAGUCAUAAUUAUAGAUUCUUGUUUUUCCUCAAGCCUAAAUUUUGGGGGAUACCAUUGUUCAUGUAAAUGCCUUUUUGUACUAUGGGCAAGAUGAACGAAGAAUUUACCCUGGUUUCUUGUAGGUUAUUUCAGGGAGCUGCCCAUUAAUUUAGGUAUUUAUAAAAAGCUGUUUGGUUCAUUUAU